GGUGGCAGGAGGAAGGGGGCCAUGCGAGAGUACAAAGUGGUGGUGCUGGGCUCGGGCGGGGUGGGCAAAUCCGCCCUGACCGUCCAGUUCGUCACCGGUUCCUUCAUCGAGAAGUACGACCCCACCAUCGAGGACUUCUACCGCAAGGAGAUCGAGGUGGACUCGUCCCCCUCCGUGCUGGAGAUCCUCGACACGGCGGGCACCGAGCAGUUCGCCUCCAUGCGGGACCUCUACAUCAAGAACGGCCAGGGUUUCAUCCUGGUCUACAGCCUGGUCAACCAGCAGAGCUUCCAGGACAUCAGGCCCAUGCGGGACCAGAUCAUCCGCGUCAAGCGGUACGAGAAGGUGCCCAUGAUCUUGGUGGGCAACAAGGUGGACCUGGAGGGCGAGCGGGAGGUGGCCUACGGCGAGGGCAAGGCCCUGGCCGAGGAGUGGGGCUGCCCCUUCCUGGAGACCUCGGCCAAAAACAAAGCCUCCGUCGACGAGCUCUUCGCCGAGAUCGUCCGGCAGAUGAACUACGCCGCCCAGCCCAACGGGGAUGACCAGUGUUGCUCCCAUUGUGUCAUCCUCUGACCGUGCCACCCCCCUGACCGUGCCACCCCCCUGACCGUGCCACCCCCUGGCCCGGUGGGCAGAGGGGAGCCGGAGGGGGAGCAGCCCGGGGCCUGCGUUUCGCAGGAGCCCCCUCCUCCCUCCCUCUGAUUUCUCUCUCUCUUUUGGAGAUGCUAUUGCUUCUUGCGAGAUUGGAAACGACUUUGCACUGUAGUAGGCUCCCCCCCACGCCCCCCUCCCGGGGAAGGCCUGACUGGCGGGGCGGGGGGUGGGAGGGAGGGGGCCCGCUUGUAUCGAACAUCCGAAAGCUGGGGUGGAGAUGUGGCUUUUUUCAGCAUGUGCGUUUCUCGUUGAUCCUG